AUGGUGCCACAAGUGAAGAAGGACGCCGCUGCCCCUCCCGAAGCCGAAGCCAAAGCAAAGGCUUUAAAGGCAAAGAAAGCAGAGCUGAAAGGCGUCCGCAACCACACAAAAAAGAAGAUCCGGACAUCACCCACCUUCCGAGGGCCAAGGUACUGCGGCGACAAAGGCGGCCUCACUAUCCUCGGAAGAGCCCCGGGGAGAAAUAAACCUGACCACUCCGCCAUCAGCAAAUUCCCCCUAACUACCGAGUCAGCCAUGAAGAAGACAGAAGACAACAGUACACGUGUGUUCAUUGUGGAUGGCAAGGCCAACAAGCACCGGAUCAAACAGGCUGGGAAGACGCUCUGUGACACUGACACGGCCGUGGUCAACGCCCUAACCAGGCCUGAUGGACAGAAGACCCUAUAUACGCUCAGCUGGCUCCCGACUAUGAUGUUGCCAACCAAGUUGGGGUCAUCUAACCUGAGUCCAGCUGGCUAA